GCAGCGCGUGUGAGGAGGUGGUGAGGCGGGAAGCGGAGCGCCCGGCCUCGCAGCUCCUCCCCCCGGCCGGCAGCGCCAGGAGGGCGCUCGCUCGCUCGCUCAGGGGGACUGGCUCGCCAGUGUCGCCGGCUGAGCGUGGGGCUGAAGGGGCGGCGGCGGGAUGGACGCGGAUUACCCCGCCUUCGAGACCCCGCUCUGCGGCGAGCUCAAGCGCUUCUACCGCACGGUCAAGGAGACCUACAAGGAGAUCAGCGAGGACCUGACCCCCUACAAGGAUGAUCGCUACUACCGGUUAGCACCAAUGCGAUUGUAUACACUGUCCAAACGACACUUUGUCCUGGUCUUUGUUGUAUUCUUCAUUUGUUUUGGUUUGACAGUCUUCAUAGGAAUUGCAGGUCCUAGUGUAAUUGAAUCCACUGCAGUAACAGCUACAUUGAAUAACUUAAAGAUGAGGCCAUUUAAAUUAAAUUCAAAGCCAUUGUCUACUUAUAAUCAGCAGCUGUGGCUGACAUGUAUGAUUCAGCUGGAUCAGCCUGAUGAAUCCAGCUUCAAAACAAAUGUUACUAUGACAGUUAAAAUACGUGGUGUAGAAGAAAAUGGAAGUUCAUCGUUCAUUAAUAAACAAGUUUACAAUCGGACGAGAAUGCUGAACUGUGCACAAAAAUGUGCCGAAAUCAUUGUGGUUCACCUUGGCUACCUGACUUACACUCAGUACGAAGUCAUUGUUGGUUUUGAGGAUCUGAAUAAGCUGAUGUACCCCAUCAAGAAUGUGAAUUUCACAUGGAAAACCUACAACCCAUCUUUUUCACAAGUGGAAAUCUGGUUCCGAUUUGUCUUUGUAGUUCUUACUUUCAUGGUCACUUGUCUGUUUGCACAUUCUCUCCGGAAAUUUUCCAUGAGGGACUGGGGAAUUGAACAGAAAUGGAUGUCCAUCCUCCUUCCCCUGUUGCUGCUUUAUAAUGAUCCAUUUUUCCCCCUCUCAUUUUUGGUGAAUAGUUGGUUUCCUGGAAUGCUUGAUGACCUCUUUCAGUCUGUUUUUCUGUGUGCAUUGCUGCUGUUCUGGCUCUGUGUCUACCACGGGAUACGAGUGCAGGGAGAAAGGAAAUGCUUAACGUUCUAUUUUCCCAAAUUCUUUAUCGUUGGGCUUCUGUGGUUGGCCUGUGUUACAUUAGGAAUAUGGCAAACUGUUAAUGAACUACAUGAUCCAACAUACCAGUUCAGGGUUGACACAGGUAAUUUUCAGGGAAUGAAAAUCUUCUUCCUUGUGGUGGCAACUGUAUAUAUCUUGUACCUUUUGUUCCUGAUAGUGAGGGCGUGUUCAGAGCUUCGCAACAUGCCUUAUGUUGAUCUCAGAUUAAAAUUCUUGACUGCAUUGACCUUUGUAGUUCUUGUCAUUAGCAUUGUUAUACUUUAUCUACGCUUUGGAGCACGAGUUCUACAGGACAACUUUGUAGCUGAGCUGUCAACUCAUUAUCAGAAUUCAGCAGAAUUCUUAUCAUUCUAUGGUUUACUCAACUUCUAUCUCUACACUUUAGCCUUUGUGUAUUCCCCGUCAAAGAAUGCACUGUAUGAGUCACAGUUGAAAGACAAUCCUGCCUUUUCUAUGCUGAAUGAUUCAGAUGAUGAUGUGAUUUAUGGGAGUGACUAUGAAGAAAUGCCACUUCAGAAUGGUCAAGCCAUUAGAGCCAAGUACAAGGAAGAAUCAGACAGUGAUUGAGUUCAUGUGGAGGAGACUUGCUUAUGAAAAUGAAAGUGAUCUUGAGGUUUUUCCUAGAUGACCACUUCCUUGACUUUCUUAUGAGUCUGCUUUCAACUGAACACUAUCUCCCUAGGAAGGACUUCCUAUUUAUUUCUGUUUACAGAGUUAAAACAAAACUGAAGGAAAAAUGGAAAUGCUUGAAAAGAUUGUGGUGGAGGCUUCUAAGAAACCAAAUUCAUUCUUUACACUAGGUUUAGAAAAUGUCACAUACAGGAUUUCUGUGGAGAACAGACUGCUAAAAUAAUGAGGCUUUCAGAGUCUGGUUCCAACUAAGAGUGUCUCCGAGUAUAUGCUGAUUUAAAAUUGCUUCCUUGAUGUCUGUUUUUAGAGGAUUAGGUACAGCACAUCAUCUUCACUCCUGAUGCAGCUUGUGUUAGCUAUUGUGUACAGUGUCCACUGGUGAUGGUGCCUCUUUCUUCUUCCCUUCCUGACCCUGCCCAUCUGAGUUGGAGGUACGAAAUGGCAGGUAUUUCCAUUGAUUUCUGAGAAACCACAAGCUUUAUUGCUUCUGCAAAGGGGCAGCAUUCAGCUCUGUAAUUGACUGGAGUUCAUAAAAUGGAAGUUUGCCAAAUAUCUACAGUUAUGAAUGUGAGACAGGUACAAAUAUUCCAGUUCUGUUGAGGCCAAAAUUUAUAAACAGAAUACUAUAUUAUAAUCAGCAGUGCAAAAUAAUUUGCAAGGGUUUCUCUUAGAAUGAUCAAAACAAAAUAAGACAAAAAUAAGUUAAAACAUCUAGUUUAAAUAUUUUAAACUGUUGCAAACCUUGGUGGGGAAAUCCAUCUGUGGUGGGGGCAGAGGAGGGAGAAAAUUGGUACAUUUCCUACAAAGAGUACAAUAUACAAUGUAAUAUUUUUAACACACACAUUCUUUUAAUUGCUAGAUCCUUUCCUAAAUUAGGAUUUUUCAUGCAAUCUUCUCAUAGCUGUUUUAAAAAAAAGUUUAUAUUAUAAGAACAAUCACUUUUGAUGACAUGUUGAACAAAUGUACAAAAGUGUGUUCUUCAGCAUGUUCUAUAGAUAGCUCAACCUCUUCAUCUUUAGACACACCUAAAUAGCUAUACUUAAAAUGCCUGCUGCUUACAAGUAUCUUUUUUACUGUCCCUUUUCAGGCUAUGCUAGAACAGUGUGCUAAACAACUUCAGAGUAUUUACUGGAAUAUUGCUCAUCAUGAUAUUUAAAUGGGUGUUUCAAUUUCCCUACCAUAGUAUAGCUUUGUUUUUAAAGGGAGGCUGUCAAUUUCUAUUAACUUUUUUUUUAAAGUUUAGUAUUUUCAGGUAUGCCAUCUAUCCCUGGAGUCUUUCUGUGGGUUUUUCUGUGGUUUCACAAUCACCAUUUUCUUACUGUUUCAUACAGCAACAGGGAAGAGAAAUACCCAAACUAACAAAUGAGAAACUGACAGCAUAUAGAGAACAAACAGUGAUUUUGAUCUAUAUGCAAAGACCUGCCUACACUAGGGAAUUGAACUGGUUUAAUCAUAAAACUUCACUGUGUCCACAAUGAACAUGCUGAAUUGCAUUGGGAACCACUGCAGGUUUGUCUUACAUUCAUAUUAGAACUGUCCUAAACCACUUCAUCUGCAAUAACCUCUGGGUAUCUGUUUCACAGUUCAGGAGCAAUGCAUUCUGGGAGACUUGACCAGGGUGCUAUAGGAGGACUAGUUGAACUACUACAGCUGGUCUGUAUUCUCAAUGGCAUUUAAAAUGGUUCUGACAAAACUAGCGUUUAGUUCUGCUGAAAGCAAGUGGAAUACAAAAUAUAUUUUGCAUGCUUGUGUAAACCAUUUUGUGGCUUACACAAAUUUAACAAACAUACUAGGAAGUUGAAAUGAUAUCUAGCACAGUAAAUGUCUUCCGUGUAGACCAAAGCCAAGAGAAGGCCAAACUAUUGUCAUGUGCACAAAGUAAAAAAAUAGAACAAACAGAUUUCCCCUUAGUAUGGUAGGUGUUACAAGUAACAAUAUGUGGAAAAAUUCUGAGAGGGUUAAAUUGUCUUUGUAAACUGCAGUAGGUGUUGCACCUUUAACAACUCUUUUAGCUAACUUAGCCUUUUUUUAAUACACGGUUGUGUUUUUAGAUGCUUUUUUAAUCCAAUGGAAAAACAGACUGGCUUCUCUUUUUCUAAAACAAGAAAGCAAGAAUAAUCCAGUGCUUGCUUGUACUUGAGUUUGACUUUGUAAAGUCAAGCUCAGGAUCCAAUCACUGAUACUCCCUGUACACCCAAAAUUUCCAUGGACUUUCAUGAGAGUCGGGGGUGGGAGGUGGUGACACAAGGAUCAGGCCUUUAUGUUUAUGCAGAUUUUUACUUGUGCAUUCAAAGCUUUUUGGCACUUUAAUACUAUUUUAUUCCUGUUAAGUCAUUUUUUGAUUUGCUAAAAUAUUUUUCCAUGUAGGAUAUUUGAUUUUUACUAAUGCUGCUUACUAUAAUCCAGGAUGCUUGUGAUACAGUAUAUUAAGUCUGACUUUAUUAAAUGUUUUUUUAUUCCAUUAACUACAGAAAACAUUUUUUAAAAAUUCAACUUCAAGAAAUCAUGGUAUUUAGAAUUUGUGAAGUUUUCCUAGGCUGGUUUUUGUGCCUUUAUUAUUCUUUGUUUUGUUAUUACAUUGCUUGUUAGAGGAACAAAAAUAGGAAUAGGAUGGGGAAAUGUGUACUUUAAAAAACAGUUAUUUAUCUUGCUAAUGAAUUAUUUUGUAGAAAUCCUGCAUUGAAUUGCCUUUCCCCAUGCAUAGAGCCCUGCACAGAUACAAAAUUUGUAUCCACAUCCACCCCGCAAAAAUGAUCUGUGGAUAUCCACACCAGCAGAUAUAAAGUGGGUAUCUGCAGAUUUGCAGGGCUCUAGAAAUAAAAUAUGGAUCCACAUCCAUCCUCGAUCUGCAAAAAAUUAUCCACACAUGUAGAUAUCUGCGGAUAUAAAGCAGGAUCUGUGGAUUUGCUGGGCUCUACUCCUGCAUACGGUAUUUUAUACUCAAAAAAUUUUACAUUGUAACUUAGCAAGUUUGGCUAAAGCAGCACAGCAUUAACUUCACUACCUACCUAGUAAAUAGGCAGAAGCAAUAAAGCUGUCUCCCUGGUAAGAGAUCACAUAUUUCAUGCCUUGUGGCAAUGAAUAUUGAAAACUACCCAAAGAUACAAUUUGGAACCAAAGAUUACUCUGAGGAAUUCUCUUGGGGCAACAAGAUGAAAACACCUUCUCACAAAAUAUUUACAAUCCAUGUGUCUCUAUGCAGUGUGUUGUGCUAUUAUGACCCAAUAAUCAAACGAAAGGUGUCUACAUAAGAAAUUCACUUGGCUAGCUGUAUAUUUUCCAUAUGGCCAGCGGAAAAGUCAAUAAGGGAAAUAUAUUUUGUAAAGCUGAAUUUUUUUUCUUCCCAAGAACCACAGUUAGGUCAAAGUGCACUUGUGCUGGACUGUUAAAACACAACUAAUAAAAACAGUGGGGUGGAUUCCUUUCCCCCUCCCUCAUUUCAAGCUUUCAUGUAAUAAUUCCAGAUUAAACCUUUUCAAGAAUGAUUAGAACAUAGGAAAAUGAGUAAUGUAUACAAAAUACAUGCACAAUAUACUGGAUUAUGGAAAAAGAGUUGCUUCCUCUUUGUCCAACGCUGAGGAUUUUACUUGUAAAAAUCUUUCUUGUGCACUAUGUGGAAGCCAAAUACCACUGGCCCUGGUGUUCAGGGCCGGCUCCAGACCCCAGCGCGGCAAGCACGCGCGUGGGGCGGCCGUUUCCCGGGGGGGCGGCAGAUUGGGCCAGCGGACCUGCCGCAGUCAUGCCUGCAGGAGGUCCACCGGAGCCC